AUGAAGAAGAUAUCAGUGUCAGCAUUCUUGCUCCUUGUGGCCCUCUCCUAUACUCUGGCCAAAGAUACAACAGUCAAACCUGGAGCUAAAAAGGACUCUCAACUCAAACUGCCCCAGACCCUCUCCAGAGGCUGGGGUGAUCAACUCUUCUGGAUUCAGACAUAUGAAGAAGCUUUAUACAAAUCCAAGACAAGCAACAAACCCUUGAUGAUUAUUCAUCACCUGGAUGAAUGCCCACACAGUCAAGCUUUAAAGAAAGUGUUUGCUGAAAAUAAAGAAAUCCAGAAAUUGGCAGAGCAGUUUGUCCUCCUCAACCUAGUGUAUGAAACGACUGACAAGCACCUUUCCCCUGAUGGUCAAUAUGUCCCCAGGAUUAUGUUUAUUGACCCAUCCCUGACCGUUAGAGCCGACAUCACUGGAAGAUACUCAAAUCGUCUCUAUGCUUAUGAGCCUUCAGAUUUAGCACUAUGUAAGUUUACCUCAUUUCAACAUUCCUGUUGCUGGAGUGGAAAACCCUGAUGGCUUAAUGGUUAAUUAAGUGCUACAGCUGCUAACCAAAAGGUUGGCAGUUCAAAUCCACCAGGUGUUCUUUGGAAACCCUAUGGGGCAGUUCUACUCUUGCCCUA